CUGACCACCAUGUCUGAGCUCGCCCGCACCCUGCCAGCAUCCUGGUACUGCAGCUCCCAGCUGUAUCAGCUUGAAAAGAGAGCGGUCUUCAUGAAGGUCAGUCUAUCAGAUUCGAAGUUGUACGGUAUAUCUUUCUUCUCAUACGUCUAUAGUCAUGGUAUCUUCUGGGCCCAGUCACCAGGUUUUGCAACAUUGGGGAGAGAAUCGAGUAUGAAGUGGCUCAGCAGCCUAUUCAGGCCUUUCGAAGCUCUGGGGAGACACUUGUUCCAGAAGCAGAGGAGAUCCAGGUGGUGUGCGCCAAAACGGUAGGUGCAGUGAACGGCUAAAUGCGCCGGUCUGACAAGGAACCGCAGGAGAAACCCCAUCGCUUCCACAUCACAAGCACCGGCCUAGUCUUUACGACGGUGUCGGACGAUGCUCCCAGCUUCGACAAAUUCUUUCCCGACCUGGAGCCACUUCUGUCCAAAGUGGACUUCACGCGGCUACCUUACAAGCGGAGCAUCAGCUACGAGGGACGCUUCAACUGGAAGACCAUGGUAGACGGCUACCAGGAGUGCCUGCACUGCCAGUACACGCACCCGUCCUUCUCGGUCUACUACCCGCCGACGACGUACAUGGUGCACAACCACAAGAACUUCUCGCAGCACAUCGCCGAUCCCAACAAGGCGGACGACGGGCUAUUCCUAUACUUCUUCCCCAACUGCACGCUGAACGUGUACGGCGGGGGCAUGUCGUCGUUCCGCGUUUGUCCCACCGAGGAUCCUACUGUGACCCGUAUGGAGUUCGACUACUACCAUAUGGAGUCCGGCGACAAGUUCGAAGACUACUAUAAGUUUGUGCGCCAGGUGGCAUUGGAGGACUUUGAGCUAUGCGAGAAAGCCCAGCACAAUCUUGGAAUGGGAAUUUACACCGAGGGUAUUCUCAAUCCGGAGAAAGAAAACGGUGUAUCUCGUUAGUAUAUCCUCGUUAAUUUCUGUCAUAACCUUUUCUUUGAGAAUCCUUAGAUGAUAUCAACUGACCCGUGAAGACUAUCAAAACCGUGUUUUUGAGAUGGUCUGUCAGCAGCAUGCGGAGGAUCAAGCACCCCCCAAGGCUGGCCAGUUGACGGGGUCAGAGGAGUAUCCUGGACACGUCGAAGCCGCU